CUGGCCUGGCCUGGCCGACCCAUAUACGGAGCAAUAAUUAUUUAUGGCACAUCUUCUGACCAUCAUCGCCCUCCUCUAACGCAUGUUGGUCUUGCUGUCCACUCAAGUACCGGUGGGACAGAAUCGAUAUUUCACAUCCAUGAUCAUUUCUCGUCCUUGCUCCGGUCGGUGGCUCCAUUUCUUCUACUAACUUUUUCUUUUUUUUUUUUAAAGAAAAGAAAACAGAAGCCAUUAAAUCCUGUGGGGGGAUUGAGGCCGUUGGAGAUGUCACAGAAACGACUGCCGGAGCAGGCUCCCGCGCCUCCACCGGAAGAUAAACGGCACCGGAGGAUUCCUUCUCUCAGAAGUGUGGUGUUGGAGGUUAUGAACAUGAACAGAAUGCAGACUUUUAUGGAGCCUGUUUUGGAGCCUUUGAUUCGUAGAGUUGUAAAAGAGGAAGUUGACUUGGCAUUGAGAAAGUACACCACCAGUAUGAUACGGAAUGAUGGGAUAGACACACACUCUUAUGAAUCAAGAAGCCUCAAGUUAAAGUUCAUAGAUUCAAUUUGUCCUCCCGUAUUUACUGGAACUCGUAUAGAAGGAGAGGAUGGGUCAGGGUUUAGAGUUGCUUUAGUUGAUGCUCUCACUGGACAAGUUGUGACAACAGGCCCAGAGUCAUCAGCAAAGGUGGAAAUUGUGGUUCUUGAAGGAGAUUUUGAUAACGAUGAAGGGAACGAUUGGAGUGCUGAGGAAUUUAGAGAUAACAUUGUUAGAGAAAGGGAAGGGAAGAAGUGCCUUCUUAAUGGGGAUGCAUUUCUGAAUCUUAAAGAUGGCAUUGGUUUGGUUGGCGAUAUUUCCUUCACAGACAAUUCCAGCUGGACUAGAAGUCGUAAGUUCAGACUGGGAGCAAGAUUUGUGGAAAAUUUUGAAGAAAUUAAAGUUUCAGAGGCAAAAACAGAGUCUUUUGUUGUAAGAGACCACCGCGGAGAGUUAUACAAGAAGCACCACCCACCGUCACUCUUGGAUGAAGUAUGGAGACUUGAAAAAAUUGGUAAAGACGGAGCAUUUCACAGGCGUUUGAGCAAAGAAAGAGUAUAUACUGUGAAGGAUUUCCUGACUUUGCUAUCUCUCGACUCAGGAAGACUUCGGAAUAUCCUUGGGACAGGAAUGUCCACUAAGAUGUGGGAAGUGACUGUUGAACACGCGAGAACAUGUGUACUUGGCAAUAAAAUGUACUCAUACUACCCAUCUGGAACGGAGCAAAAGAGUGGAGUGGUUUUCAACAUUGUGGCACAAGUGAUGGGGCUCUUUGUAGAUUCUCAGUUUGUUCCUGCAGACAAUCUAUCUGAGACCGACAAGGCAGAGGCACGUGAGCUAGUGAUAUCUGCAUUUCGACACUGGGAAGAAGUAGUGUGUUUUGACAACGAGUCCUCCUCUGUGUUUCCACAUAUCCAAUCUUCAAACCCUUCACUCGGGGUUGAGGCUUCGAUGACAUCACAGGGGUGUGAUUAUCUAGUAGCACCAUCAUCACCUGAUGACACGUUCUCCAUUGGUGGUUUGAGUGGAUUGGAACCUGCUUAUGAUUUGCUGCAUAGCCUUGACAGUUUGGAUGUUAGUUUACCGGAUUCCUUCAUGUAUGACUCUGCUGCAGCACAAGAGGCUUUUGGAGAGGAUGAGACUCUGCACUACUUUGACACGUCGGGUUAUGCACAACUUGACAACACCACCACCAGCUUUGAACCGUUGGAUUGCUAUAUAGAGAGUGGGUUUGUCGGCGGCAGAUCAGCAGUUGUUGCAGCAGACAAGGCCCAGAUGAGAUGGAGGAUGUUGUUCAGCGUGUUAAGGUGGUUCUCAGUGAGACGCAUCGUCGCAAGAAAGGGAGGGAAAGGUUCCUCUUACUAGGCUAGCUCAGUGGAGUUUCUUGAUCACCAUCAUAUCAGUGGAGGUUUUGAUCAGCCAGAGGGCAUGGGUAGUCUUUACCGUGGUAAAGAGCCAUCAUAUCAUGGUUUAGUUUUAGUUUUUGUUUCGUCAUUUGUUAUUACAGUCUUAUAUUAUUAGUUGUAGAUUGCACAUUGUUUGUGCGUGUGUAUAUACAGAGGUUAGGGUGAGAGAGUGAACUUGGCGUAACUCAUAUCUAUACAUACCGAGUCGUUGUAGAGUCAAAAAACACAUUGGUGCUGU